CUAAAACAAAAAACAAAAACAAAAAAAAGGGUCGAGUGUUGUGGUCGUGUUGGUCGAUACUGUCGAGCCCGAUCAGCUGUAUGUCCCCUUACCUGCCCGGAACGCAGAGAAAGAACUGAACAAUAGUGCCCCUUCUUCGCUUCUCCCUCUAGCUUUUCUGUAUCGUCACUCCUUUCUGCCCACAUUUUCCAAUUCAAUUCAACCUCUCCAUUUUCUUCAUUUUCGUAGGGCUUAUCCCGUUGCCAUCCAUGGCAGAGGUCAUGAACAUGCCUCUUGAUUCUCUCGACAAAUCUCCCUCCGCUUCUGCUUCAGUUUCACCGCCGCAGGCCCCGGCCCCAGCGUCAGCUGAUGACGAUCUCCCCCCGCCGCCGCCGCUAUCUUCUCUUCCUCUUGCUCCACAUUCUUCAUCCCGGAGAAAGGAGAGAGAUUCCAGGGAUAGGCGGGAUGAUAGGGAUUUCGAUCGGCAUCCAAAUCGCCGUGGGGGUGAUUACUACGAUAGGAACAUCUCGCCGCCGGCGCCUCCUCUCAGAGACAGAGAUAUGGACUUUAAGCGCCGCCGUAGCCCUAGCCCUUCGUAUCGCGACCGACGUUAUUCUCCUCCGCGGCGCUCUCCUCCACCAUAUAAGCGACUGAGAAGGGGGAGUCCCCGAGGCGGUUAUGGACCCGAUGACAGGCUUGGCUAUGAUUAUUUUGGCGGCUAUGGACGAGGUGUGGGUGGAAGGCCUGGUUAUGCAGAAGAGAGGUCUUUUGGAAGGUUCACCCAUCGAUCAAUGGGUGCAUAUCAAAAUGGGAUUCCAGAACUAGAAUCAAAUCGUGCUUGUGCAGACUUACCAAUCAGUGGUGCACAAAGGGAAGGGUUAAUGUCCUACAAGCAAUUUAUUCAAGAGCUUGAGGAUGAUGUAUUACCAGCUGAAGCAGAGCGUAGGUAUCAGGAGUAUAAGUCAGAAUACAUUUCAACCCAGAAACUGGCUUAUUUUAAUGCUCACAAGAAUGAAGAGUGGUUGCGAGAUAAAUAUCAUCCAACAAAUUUGGUUGCAGUCAUUGAUAGGAGGAAUGAAAAUGCACGACGGCUGGCGAAGGAUUUCUUGCUCAAUCUGCAGAGUGGAACACUAGACCUGAAUCCUGGUUUAAAUGCUUCAUCUGGCAAACUAGGGGGAGCAAGUGAGCCAAAUUCGGAGGAGGAAGUGGACACUGGUGGUAAACGAAGGCAGCAUGGUAGGCGACCUAAUGAAGAAAAUGAUUUCCUGGCUGCUCCGAAGGCUCACCUGAUAAGUUCUGAAUCUAGACGAAUGCAAGCAGAUGUUGAGCAGGCUCAGGCACUUGUACAUAAGCUUGAUGCUGAAAAGGGGAUUGAAGAUAAUAUUUUAUCCAGCAGUGAUCACAACAAAAAUGAAGAUAAACCUUGCAGUGGAUGUUUGGGUCCCAUAAUAAUUGUACGGGGUUUAACAUCUGUUAAGGGAUUAGAAGGUGUUGAGCUCUUGGAUACAAUUCUUACUUAUCUUUGGCGGAUUCAUGGGGUUGAUUAUUAUGGCAUGAUUGAGACCAAUGAGCCUAAGGGUCUUAGGCAUGUGAGGCCAGAAUUAACAGGCCAUGAAGAAUCGAGUAAAUCAGGGUCCGAUUGGGAAGAAAAACUUGAUUCAUUCUGGCAGGGAAGGUUGAGUGGUCAGGAUCCUUUGGAAAUAAUGACAGCUAAGGAGAAGAUUGAUGCUGCAGCAGUUGAAGUGUUAGAUCCAUAUGUUAGAAAAAUCAGGGACGAAAAGUAUGGAUGGAAGUAUGGUUGUGGAGCCAAGGGCUGUACAAAGCUUUUCCAUGCUGCUGAAUUUGUGCACAAACAUCUUAAAUUAAAACAUCCAGAGCUUGUAAAUGAGUUAACAUUGAAAGUGCGUGAGGAGCUCUAUUUUCAAAACUACAUGAAUGACCCAGAUGCUCCUGGCGGAACACCUAUCAUGCAGCUACCACAGAAGGACAAACCUAUAGGACACAGAUUACCUCUAGAAGGACGAUUGAGAGAUGAUCGUGGCAAUCGACGAGACCAUGAAAGAAGUGACAGAAUGGAUGAUGGUGAUAGGCCCUAUAACUCCCCAUCUCAUGGGAUGGGAAAUCAUGAUGAAACUAUGUAUGAUUCAUAUGCUGGAGCUGCCGUUUCUUCAUUUACCUCAGAUAUGCCGCCACCUCCGCCAGUCUUGAUGCCUGUACCUGGUGCCGGGCCAUUGGGACCCUUUGUUCCUGCUCCCCCCGAAGUUGCUAUGCAGAUGUUAAGAGAGCAAGGAGGAGCAUCUUCAUAUGAUGCCUCUGGAAGGAAAAUGCAGUCUGGCUCUCAUGUUGGGGGACCAGCACCAAUAAUUGCUGUUCCCCCAGCUUUUAGACCUGAUCCCCGUCGGAUGCGAAGUUAUCAAGAUCUGGAUGUUCCAGAGGAUGAAGUCACUGUGAUAGACUAUCGGAGUUUGUAGGCAUCUUUGACUGGCUGGGCUUCCACGAAGUCAAUGAACAUCAAAUGACAUUCUGAGGAGUUCAAAUCUGUUCUUGUCAAUGACGAUUUACGUUUCCGCCAGAGCAGAAGCUGACCGUAUUAAUGGGGUUAGGCUCUAUUUUAUUGUCGUAAACUGUUUAAGAAUCAUACAUGGAAAAUGUGAGUCCUGAGGAAUUAAAUUCUAUAUUGUACCAAUUCUAGGUUUAGAUUCCCCUAACAGAGACCUUUGAUAUUAGGAGUCUAAUUUGAGUCCUGUGGAUAAUUUAAAAUGAUAUUAGGAAUCUAAUUUACUUAAUUAUUAUCUGCUCAGUUACUUUGGGUGAUUGUAAUCAAAUAGAAAUAAUUGCACAGAUAAAGGUGUUUUUCUUUGUGGAUAAACUAAUCUUUUCAAUGGAA